UUGUUUUCUAUCGAUCUACCCUGCUAUAUCACCUAGCUCAAGCUUGACCGUUAUUGUUCUUAUAUCAGGCUCUCUCCGUGUACACUGAAGUACAAUCUUGAGUUCGCCACCGGUGAAAACAUUGCAAGCAGUACUCCUGUAUCCUCUUCCACCCAGCGUCCAAUACUAUGGUACAGAAAACAAGGGUAGAAGGCCCUUCACAGGCCGAACAACUCCUCCGUGUUACCUCCGGAAUUGCUUCGGAACUCAUUAAAGCCCAUGAUUCCAACACUUCAGUAUCGCUAAAUGAGUUGCGAGCGAAGAUGUCGAAGAAGCAUGGGUAUGGAGGGGUGCCGCGCCUGGUCGACAUCAUCAGUGCGAUCCCGGACGAGUAUAAGAAGGCGUUGUUGCCGAAGUUGAAGGCGAGACCAAUUCGGACGGCUAGUGGGAUUGCUGUAGUCGCAGUAAUGUGCAAGCCACAUCGGUGUCCACAUAUUGCAAUGACCGGAAACAUAUGUGUCUAUUGUCCAGGUGGCCCCGACUCAGACUUCGACUACAGCACACAGAGUUAUACAGGUUACGAACCAACCAGUAUGCGUGCCAUCCGAGCGCGUUACGAUCCUUAUGAACAGACGAGAGGACGGGUGGAGCAGCUGAAGGCGUUGGGCCACAGUGUUGACAAGGUCGAGUUCAUCAUCAUGGGCGGUACAUUCAUGAGUAUGCCCGAAGAGUAUCGAAGCAAGUUCGUGGCGCAGUUGCAUAACGCACUGUCAGGAUUUACAGGGACGGACGUCGAUGAGGCCGUUAGAUAUUCGGAGCAAAGUAAAUCGAAGGCUAUCGGUAUCACAAUCGAGACCCGACCGGAUUACUGCCUCAAACCUCACCUCUCGCAAAUGCUCCGCUACGGAUGCACACGUCUAGAAAUCGGGGUCCAAUCAGUUUACGAAGAUGUUGCCCGUGACACCAAUCGCGGCCACACUGUUCGUGCCGUCUCCGAGUCUUUCCACCUAGCGAAAGAUGCAGGAUUCAAGGUCGUGGCGCACAUGAUGCCUGAUCUGCCUAACAUGGGUGUAGAACGGGAUCUGGAGGGGUUCAAGGAGUAUUUCGAAAAUCCUGCGUUCAGGAGUGAUGGACUGAAGAUAUAUCCGACCUUGGUGAUUAGGGGGACAGGGCUUUAUGAACUUUGGAGGACGGGGAGAUAUAAGAAUUAUACUCCGAAUGUCUUGGUGGAUGUGGUGGCGAGAAUAUUGGCACUCGUACCACCAUGGACGAGAGUAUACAGGGUACAAAGAGAUAUUCCACUGCCGCUCGUAACAUCUGGGUGUGAGAAUUCGGGUAACCUCCGUGAAUUAGCUUUGAAUCGGAUGAAGGACUUCGGAGCAGAGUGCAGGGAUGUUCGGUUCCGCGAAGUUGGCAUACACGAAAUCCACCAUAAAGUCCGCCCAGAAUCCGUUGAGCUCCUCCGACGAGAUUACACCGCCAACGGCGGCUGGGAAACCUUCCUCUCCUACGAAGACCCCGAACGCGAUAUCCUCAUCGGACUUCUGCGUCUACGCAAGUGUUCCGAGGAGGGAACUUUCCGGCCAGAGCUUGUACGGCCGAGGCGGACUGGCAAGACGGAUGAGGAAGAGGAUGAAGAUUGGGGUGGCACGAGUAUAGUGAGAGAGUUGCAUGUGUAUGGGACGGCAGUACCGGUGCAUGGAAGGGAUCCUACGAAGUUCCAGCAUCAGGGCUUUGGAACGUUGUUGAUGGAGGAGGCAGAGCGGAUAGCGAGGGAGGAGCAUGGAAGCGUCAAGCUCGCUGUUAUCUCUGGUGUUGGAACUCGGGACUAUUAUCGACGGCUUGGAUAUGAGCUCGAUGGUCCGUAUAUGAGCAAGUCGCUGCUGUAGUUGUUGUAUCAAAAGUAGGUUUAGUGUUCUUUGAUGUAUUGCCUAUGUAUACAUGUAGUACUCGCCCUCUGUAUCAUCCUGGAAUCUGUCUUUGUAUACAGCGGCAUGUAUGCAAUCAAGAC